CAUUCACACCCAGCUUCAAACAUGACACGGGAGGCUGUGAAAAUGCGUGACGGCGGAAAUUGCAUGUCACCGAGUUUCUAUAUACUCGGGGGCCCUCGACUUGAUACUCCCCAACUUGCGACGGUUUUUGCUUCGAGUUGUUCCCUUACCACACUCUCUUCACUUGCUUUCGGACGCUGGACGACCGCUCACUCAUUCGGCCUCGUCAAAGCCCUGAGCUUCCAUUCUUUCACUCACACAGUUGAUCCCUUGUUCUCUUAUUGCCCUGUUCCUUUGAUUGUCAGGCUUUUUUCUCUUCUGCGAAGACUUCUUUCUCAACCCACUCCUCCCUUGCACCAGGACCAUCUCAUUUUUCAAGAAUCAACUCACACGCCAAUAUGCGUUUCACAACCUAUGCCGCUGCAAGCGCACUCGCAGCUCUGUCUAGUGCCCAGACCUUUACAGACUGCAACCCCAUGAAGAAGACAUGCCCGAACGAUCCUGCCAUGGCCCAGACCUGGGAGACCGAUUUCAAACAAGGCAAGGACGCCAUCAAAGGCUGGACGCAGACUGCCGGUAGUCUCACGUACGGUGCUGAAGGUGCCGAGUUCAUUGUCAGCAAGAAAGGAGAUGCUCCCACCAUUGGUUCCAUCGGCUAUCUCCACUUUGGCUAUGUCGAGGUGAAGAUGAAGGCAGCGCCCGGCCAGGGUAUCAUCUCGUCCAUCGUUCUCCAGUCAGACAAUCUGGACGAAGUUGACUGGGAAUGGAUCGGCGGCUCUGAUAGCAAGGUUCAAAUGAACUACUUUGGAAAGGGAAACACUACGACUUACGACCGCAUGAUUGAGGCUGAACUCGCGUCAACCCAGAACGAUUUCCACACCUACGCGCUGAACUGGACAGCCGAGUCGCUGACCUGGAUCAUCGACAACAAGCCCAUUCGCACGCUCAACUACGCUGAUGCAAACGGUGGCAAGAACUUCCCGCAGACGCCGUGCAACGUUCGUCUUGGCAACUGGCCCGGCGGCGACUCUGAGAACGAGGGCACUCGUCAGUGGGCUGGCGGAAAGGUCGACUACACAAAGGCGCCCUUUACCAUGGUUGUCGACUCCAUCAAGGUCAUUAACUACAGCCCCGGUACCGAGUACCACUGGACAGACAAGUCCGGUUCGUUCGAAUCAAUCCAGGUUGUCGACGCCGGCAAUGCGAGCGGCGCGCCUCAGAACACUGGCGUAAUCAAUGCCAAUGCCACUGCCAUUGCCACUGCAUCUGGCGCUCCUCUCGAGUCGGGUUUCAAUGCCCCAACCGUGACUGCAACGCAAUCAGGCAACUGCACCGAGAACCAGCAGCAAACUGCCACGCCCGUCUCUGGUGCUGUUUCCGCUUCCGGCUCCGCCCGUGUGUCUGGCCCAUCGGACUUUGACUACCCCAAGGGAACACCUCAAACCUCCGGCUCGCUAUCCAAGACGGCUUCUGUCCCUCAGUCUUCAGGCGGCACUUCCAACACACCCGUCGGUGGUGUGGAUGGCGCUGAAGAUACCCCCUGCGAGUGCGGCGGCGUCGUCACAGUCACAGUGACAGGCGCCCCUCCACCAGCGACCGAAACUCCCCUUGCCAGCUCUGUUCAGGUCCCCAUCCUCAGCUCGGCGCAGCCCGUACAAUCCCUCGUUACAUCGGCUGUCUCGCCACCUUUUACAUCGGUUGUCUCACCUCCCGUUACAUCCAUCGUCUCACCCCCCUUCCCGAGCAGCGGCCUUCUCACCGACACAAGCUCGCCGCCAGCCGUGCCAUACCCCUCAGCUCCCACAGGCGUGCUUCCGUCCGGCAACGCGACAACAUCUGCCUCGACUCCCGAGUUCACUGGAGCAGCUAGCCUCAACAAAGCUAGUGUUCUGAUCAGCGCCAUUGCGGGCGCUGUAUUGCUCGCUUUCUAAGCAUCUCAGCAUUUGAAUGUGCACAACGUAGUGUAUGGCUUGGUAAGCCAAGCAUGAGACGUUAAUCUCAUGCAUUACAAUUGGUUGAUAUCUAAGUUGGAUAUUACGACUUUUUUGGUGUCGUGACCUUAGAUUUAGACAGCCGUGGAGUAGGAAUACAUGCUGAAUUUGUCAAAACUGUGCUUUGAUUGCAUUCUUCUGAAAGUGAGAUGUGACGACAAUAUAUGGCGGG